AUGCACCAUCCCCGCCUAGCAGAUUUUUUCGAGGAAUUCACGCGCCCGCAUACCUCAACAGCCUCAUCCACAAACCAACAGUUCAUCGCAAACAACCAAUCUAAUAACGCAACCUCCUCUUCCCCCUCCACUAUCCCCUCAUUCUUGCCCAUCGAAGACAUUUACGUUCAACCGCAACACCAACCACCAAAUCCCGAAGAUGAGGACGACGUCGUGCCGGAUCAGCAUGCUGCAUUUGGAAUAACUCGAGCUAUGGAUCGAAGACGAGAUCCGGUUUGGCGUGAUCUUGGGCUUGAGGCGUUGGUGAAUGGGCAAGGACACGGUGGGGUGGCUGUGUCUGCUAAUUCUGCUGGAGGGACGGGUGCUGCCGGGGGCUCAGGGCCGGCAGCUACGUUGAGGGGGACUGGUGGGGGUGCGGCGUCGGCGAUGUCGUCUGUUGUUAGGGUUAGUCAUGCUGGGCGGAGGAUGGGUGGGCGACGAGUUGUUUGUUUGCGGUGA